AUGCCUCGGAGAAGAAAAAGGGCUACUCGAAUCACCGAUCUCAAGGAAACCAUCAUGCUUAAAAUUCUCAGGCAUCUGGAUCUCAAGUCCACGAUAAGAACCUGCGCCGCGACAAGUCGGUGGAGGAGGCUGUUGCCCAAACUGCCGGCCCUGGAGUUCGACCUCGCCGAUUUCCCCGUUCCUUCGCUUCGCCGGUCGUUUCAGAAACAGGCCAGACGCAACUUUACUGAAGCAGUCACCCGUCUCCUGUCGAUCCGAGAUGGUCGGAAGCCGCUUGAACGUUUCAGCAUUAGAUACAAUCUUCGAGAUGCUCCAAUCAAGCAGGAGAUCAACUAUUGGCUCAAGUCUUUUUCUCAGAGGUUAAUGAUCGAGGAAAUCUGCAUCGACGUUGACGCCGAAUCCAAAGAGGAGUACAGGUUGAACUUCAAUCAGUACGGCUGCACAUCACUGAGGGUGCUGCAACUCCGACGCUGCCGCUUCAAUCAGCACUGCUCCUCCAUGGACUUCCCCUCCCUCACCACUCUCGCCAUAGCCAACUCCCACGUCACCUUCCUCUUUCUCCAGUCCCUGCUUCGCGACCUCCCCCUGCUCCACACCCUCUCCAUUUCCGACUGUUCGUGCCUCGGCGCGGAACUCCCCGUGGAGGCUCCACACCUGCGCAAGUUCUUCCUCAGGGGCCCUCCUCCCUUCGAAUUCAACAUGCCCAACUUGGUCUUGGAGGAGGUCGAAGACGUUCUCCGUCUCUCCCACGAGGAAAGGCCAACUGCUCGACUGGACAUCAAUCCUCUACAUCCGUCGAUGCUGAUGCGCAGAAAAUUCAUCAUCACCUAUGCAUUUCCACGCCUUCGUGUUGUUCGCUUGCUGAUCCUCACCGCGAGAACACUUAUCGUUAUCGGGAGGUGGUGCCAUCUGUACCUGUUGCCGGAGUUCCGGAACCACUUAUCCGGUGUGGAGGAAAUGGUGGUGCAUGGAGCAAGGCUCACAUUCGAGAUGAACCCCUGGGAGGACGGAACGGAUCCACGGUUCGUGCUAAGGAAGGCCAGAGUUGCACUCGCUCAUUUGAGGACGUUGACUGUGCAGAGGUAUGGAGGCUAUCAAAGGGACGAGGAGCUCGUCCGGUACUUCCUCAAGGCGGCGCCGGGACUGACGUCCAUAAUCAUCAGCCCGUCGGCGGAAGCGCGGCGCUCCUGGGAUCUUGUGGUUCGAUUGACGCUGGCGGUGGAGGAACAUCGGGUAACCCGGCCGGACCGUCCCACCGUGCUACUGGAAUUCCCCGGCUGGGAACUUGAUUGA